GCAUAAAUGAUGCCAUGUCAGGAAAAAGAGGAAGAAGCGUCGCUGCUGCACUUCAAGGAAGGUUUCGACACGAUAAUGACCAUCCGUGUAUCUUCAACUUCUGAUACACGAUAAAACAAAAGUUUGGCACUUAAGCUGUCAGAGCAGCGACGUAGAGUUUGAGUCAGGUAAGAGUAUGUAUUUGACUAAUGAGUCGAGUAGGUUAUAUGAUAAAAAGAUUGUUAGCCAGAGGAGGAAAUGUAGACAAAUAAAACAAAAUAAAUAGUAUAUAUGUUGUUAUAAAAACUAACCAAUUAUUUCAUUAUUAUUUAAAUAAAAUUGACGAAAACGAUAGUGGGCGAAAUAAUACUUGAGUAUUGACUGUGGUCAACAUAAUCAAACACUGUGUUUUACAUGCUGUAAAAGCCUAUAAAAUAUUUUUGCUAAUAUUCAUAAAUGUUACAUAAUGUUACAUAAAGGUCCAGGUUUAUUAUAAAUGUCCGGGGAAUCAGGUUUGUCAAUGUUUGUGUGUGCUCUUGGUGGGAGUGUCUGUUUGUGUUUCAGAUCGGUCAUAAGAAGUACAAUUCUGCUGUACAGUUCAAACCAAACACCUGCAUUCAAAUGGCUACUAGAUGGCACUAAAAUGUCGAAAAGCUAACCCUCUUUGUAUUAACUUGAGGUGGAAUAUAUUGUAUUCUCAGCACCUUUAAUGGUGUGUCUUUGGAACUGUACGCCAAACAGGAGGAGCUGAUAUUCAUAUAUGUUUUUCGUAGCUACUGAUCAAAUGUCGACAGUGCAUAGUACAAAAAAGUGUGGUAAGGGUUGCAGUACAACCACUUCCCUAUUUGUAUGCGUGCGUGCGUGCGUGCGUGCGUGCGUGAAUGUGUCCAAACCUAAAACCUUGUGGUGUUAAUAAGGUCUGCGAGAUGUUUUUUCUCUACAGCGUCAUUGUAGCAUCUUUACUUGGUAGUAAAUACGAUGAAACUACCUAUGUCCUGUAAUCAAAAAGAAUGCACCGAUCCACAGUUUAAGAGAUGAUGGAUCCCGAAGUGUCUUUGCUGCUCCACUGUGCUCACUGGAGGGGGCUGCUGCAGGGCCAGGUCGGAGUGGAGCUUUCUGAAAGAUUCAACAGACAGACAGAUGCAGCUGUUGAGCGUCACAUAGAAGAUGUGUGGAGCCAGCGAGUGUCCAAGGAACCAUGGCUUUUUAACGGGGCCAAAUUCAGACUUCACUCAUUCUGCUUCACUACCUCUGAUUACAACUCCUCAUCCUGUGGUUCUCAUGGACACCUGUCCUCCACUCACUCAGCUACAGUGGGCAGUGUGGAAGACUGUGGGGGUGAAUCAGUGUGUAGAGGAAGACGUGAUUGUCUGUGUGACACCUAUGUACAGAAUUCUAAUCAGAACUGCUUGGACCAAAAAAACGAGACACGAACUGUAGAGGAUGUUGUCCAUCAGGGUUCAGCUUCCUCCACGUGUGGAAAUGAUGAACUUCCUCAACACUGUGUUAAAAACAAAAAUAAAGAUGAAGACGCCAGGCCUCUGCUCACUCUGAGACUUGGACUUACAUGCUAUAAGGACUACCUGGGAACUAACUGGUCCUGUCAAGUCACAGAGCUGCGUCAGCGUGGCGAGACAGAGUUCAGUGAUUCAAUGGUCAUGCUGGCUCAGCCUCUGGGAGUAGGUGCCAUUCUGUGCACACGUGACAGACAGGUGGUGCUAAUCAGGAGGAGCCAAAAAGUGGCUGAGGCAGCAGGUCUCCUGGACAUCCCUGGAGGUCACCCAGAACCAAAGGUGGUGUGUGAACAUCUGGGCUUGGCAGAUGGCGAGGAGGUGGACAUGGUGAUGAUGCAGCAGAGACCAGAGGCCGUCGUCUCAGAGCUGUUUUCAUCAGUGUGUGCCGAGAUCAGAGAUGAAGUGAACGUUCCUCUCAGGUGCCUGGGAAAGCCCGUCCUGAUGGGAGUGGCUCUGAAUCACACCAGUGCUGAAAGACCAAGUGCUGAGUUCUACGUCAGCUCCUCACUGACGUCUGAUGAUGUCAGGGCUCUGUACUGGGAAGGCGGAGCAGAAGCUCACGAGUCAACAGAUAUCGUCUUCCUCAGCAGAACAGAGGUGCUGCAGCUGAACCAGAGCAGCCCCUUGUGGUCAGAGCUGUGUCCUUCAGCUAAAGGAGCAGUGCUGCUAUAUCAGACAGUAAAACCUAAUGGAGACUGAAAGCAACAAUGACCACGUGACACGCAUUUUUCCAU